CUGCUCUUUCUCUAUUUUACACGUUCUUCAGUUUAUUAAUGAAGCACUUUUUAACUCCCGAACUACUGGUUUUCCUGUACCGCCAUGUUGUUCUGGAGGAAACUCGCGAGAUGCCAGUGGGUUCGUAUCGCGAGAUCUCUCGAUUCUCGCGGGACCUUGUUGGCUGAGCGGUUGUCCUGGAUGGCGGAGCCUUGGGUUCCGGGGGAUUGGGACCCGCAACUCUUUGUACAAGAUAUCAAGUUGUGCUAGUACACCAUAUAAAUAAUUAAUACCUGAAGUCUCAAUGUAACAUGGACAUUAACAGUGAUGACAGAUAAAUGCAGACGCUUGGGAAUCAAAUACUAGGUGAAGCACUUUUAAAAAGAAAGGAAUUUAGGAGGUUCUAGUAUUCUCCAUGGCUGAAGCUGAAAGUCUGAAACCCUGAUGCUUAAGCUCUAUUCUAGAUCAUAGCUCCAGCUCCUUCAGGAUAUAAGGAAAAGAGAUAAUAUUUCCACAAUGAUAGAUCUUUGGUUGUACAGGUUUCCCAAUGAGUGGAUCAUGAUGACCGUAUAGUAGGGACUUGCCAUAGUAUGGCUGCUUCCCGAUCUACUCGUGUUACAAGAUCAACAGUGGGGUUAAACGGCUUGGAUGAAUCUUUUUGUGGUAGAACUUUAAGGAAUCGUAGCAUUGCUCACCCUGAAGAAAUAUCUUCUCAUUCUCAAGUACGAUCAAGAUCACCAAAGAAGAGACCAGAGCCUGUGCAAAUUCAGAAGGGAAAUAAUACUGGGAGAACUACUGAUUUAAAACAGCAAAGUACUCGAGAAUCAUGGGUAAGCCCUAGGAAAAGAGGACUUUCUUCAGAAAAAGAUAAUGGAGAAAGGCAGGCUGUAGAAAAUUGUGAGAAAAGGCAAACAGAACCUGUUUCACCAGUUUUAAAAAGAAUUAAGCGUUGUCUUAGAUCUGAAGCACCAAACAGUUCAGAAGAAGAUUCACCUAUAAAAUCAGACAAGGAGUCAGUAGAACAGAGGAAUACAGUAGUGGACAAUGAUGCAGAUUUUCAAGGGACUAAACGAGCUUGUCGAUGUCUUAUACUGGAUGAUUGUGAGAAAAGGGAAAUUAAAAAGGUGAAUGUCAGUGAGGAAGGGCCACUUAAUUCUGCAGUAGUUGAAGAAAUCACAGGCUAUUUGGCUGUCAAUGGUGUUGAUGACAGUGAUUCAGCUGGUAUAAACUGUGAUGACUGUCAGCCUGAUGGGAACACUAAACAGAACAGCACUGGUUCCUGUGUGUUCCAGGAAAAAUCAGUAGCAGAAAAUGGGGAUUCCGACACCCACACUUCAAUGUUCCUUGAUAGUAGGAAGGAGGACAGUUAUGUAGACCAUAACGUGCCUUGCACGAAUUCAGAAGUGCAGGUCAAGUUGGAGGACCACAAAAUAGUAACUGCCUGCCUGCCUGUGGAACAUGUUAAUCAGCUAACAACCGAGCCAGCUACAGGCCCCUUUCCUGAAACUCAGUCAUCUUUAAGGGAUUCUGAGGAGGAAGUAGAUGUGGUGGGAGAUAGCAGUGCCUCAAAAGAGCAGUGUAAUGAAAACACCAGUAACGCCCUGGACACAAGACUUGAGAGUAUGCCAGUUUCUGGAGAGCUGGAACCAUCUUCUGUUCUAGACUGUGUUUCAGCUCAAACGAUGUCUUUAUCAGAACCUCAAGAACAUCGAUAUACUCUGAGAACUUCACCACGAAGGGCAGCCCCUACCAGAAAUAGUCCCACUAAAAACAGUUCUCCUUGCAGAGAAAAUGGACAGUUUGAGGAGAAUAAUCUUAGUCCUAAUGAAACAAAUGCAACUGUUAGUGAUAAUAUAAGUAAGUCUCCCACACAUCCUGAUGAAAUUUCUCAGAAUGAAAAAGGGAUAUGUUGUGACUCCGAAAAUUAUGGGAGUGAAGGACAAAUUAAACCACCCUCAGAGGCAAGACUCAAUAUUGGAAAUUUGCCAUCUGCCAAAGAGAGUGCCAAUCUGCACAUUACAGAAGAGGAAGAUGAUGAUCCUGAUGUUUAUUACUUUGAAUCAGAUCAUGUGGCACUGAAACACAACAAAGAUUACCAGAGACUAUUACAGACGAUUGCUGUACUUGAGGCUCAACGUUCUCAAGCAGUCCAGGACCUUGAAAGUUUAAGCAGACACCAGAGAGAAGCACUAAAAAAUCCCAUUGGAUUUGUGGAAAAACUCCAAAAGAAGGCUGAUAUAGGUCUUCCAUAUCCACAGAGAGUUGUUCAAUUGCCCGAGAUUGUAUGGGACCAAUAUACCAAUAGCCUUGGGAACUUUGAAAGAGAAUUUAAAAAUCGUAAAAGACAUACUAGGAGAGUUAAACUAGUUUUUGAUAAAGUAGGUUUACCUGCUAGACCAAAAAGUCCUUCAGAUCCUAAGAAGGAUGGAGAGUCCCUUUCAUACUCUAUGUUGCCUUUGAGUGAUGGUCCAGAAGGCUCAAACAGUCGUCCUCAAAUGAUAAGAGGACGUCUUUGUGAUGAUACCAAACCUGAAACCUUUAACCAGUUGUGGACUGUUGAAGAACAGAAAAAGCUUGAACAGCUGCUCUUGAAAUACCCUCCUGAAGAAGUAGAAUCUCGGCGCUGGCAGAAGAUAGCAGAUGAACUGGGCAAUAGGACAGCAAAACAGGUUGCCAGCCGAGUACAGAAGUAUUUCAUAAAACUAACUAAAGCUGGCAUUCCAGUCCCAGGCAGAACACCAAACUUAUAUAUAUACUCCAAAAAGUCUUCAACAAGCAGACGACAGCAUCCCCUUAAUAAGCAUUUGUUUAAACCUUCCACUUUUAUGACUUCCCAUGAACCACCAGUAUACAUGGAUGAAGAUGAUGACCGAUCUUGUUUUCAUAGCCAUAUGAACACUGCUGUUGAGGAGGCAUCAGAUGAAGAAAGUAUUCCUAUCAUGUAUAGGAAUUUACCUGAAUAUAAGGAACUAUUACAGUUUAAAAAGUUAAAGAAGCAGAAACUUCAGCAAAUGCAAGCUGAAAGUGGAUUUGUACAACAUGUGGGCUUCAAGUGUGAUAACUGUGGCAUAGAACCUAUCCAGGGUGUUCGGUGGCAUUGCCAGGAUUGUCCUCCAGAAAUGUCUUUGGAUUUCUGUGAUUCUUGUUCAGACUGCCUGCAUGAAACAGAUAUUCACAAAGAAGAUCACCAACUAGAACCUGUUUAUAGGUCAGAGACAUUUUUAGACAGAGACUACUGUGUGUCCCAGGGCACCAGUUAUAAUUACCUUGACCCAAACUACUUUCCAGCAAACAGAUGACAUGGAAGAGAAUAUUAUAUACUAGUCCUCUUCAACAUAUAGCAAUGGUAUCAUUGUGAAUUAUGUGCACAGUUUGGAAAGAUUCUCUGCUUUCCCUGAAGUGACACUCACAGCAUGACAGCUUCCUGAGUGUUCUCGUCAAGUCCAGCUCUGCACUGUUGUGGCUCUAGAUCACUGUUCAGCAGCUGAACAUUCCUGGUGAGCUAAGGGUUUCCUUGGUGAGUUUCUCACCACCACCUUAAAGUCUUUUAGGUGGUGCUUAAAUAGGUGAGAUGGAAAUGAGAGCACACAUUAAAAAGUGAGUAAAUUCCAAAGGUUUUGAAGAACUCGGUCAUAAAUACGAUAAUGAGAAGACAAAAGUAUUUAUAUAAAACAGUUUAGUAGCUUUCAGUUUUGUGAAAAUAGUUUUCAGCACAGAAACUGACUUCUUUAGACAAAGUUUUAACCAAUGAAGGUGUUUGCUUCUAGAAUAUACACUUAAAAAAAAUUGUCCCAGUGGCGGCCUUUGAUGGCCUUUAGUAAAUUGGAGCUGCUUAACCACAUUGAUGUCUAAUUUCUUUUAACCACAAUGAACUGUCCUUAUUACCAACAGUGAAGCACUACAGGAGGCAGCAGUCACAUUGCUUCCUUAACCAGCUCAUGGUGUGUGAAUGUUAUAAAAUGGUCACUCAGAUAAUAUUUUUAAAUGUAAUGUUAUAUAAGAUGAUCAUGUGAUGUGUACAAACUAUGGUGAAAAGUGCCAGUGGUAGUAACUGUGUAAAGUCUCUAAUUCACAACAUUAAUUCUUUUGAAAUACACAGCCUUCUGCCUCUGUAUUUGGAGUUGUCAGUGCAACUCAUCAAAGAAAACUGCCUAAUAUAAAGAUCAUAUAUAUGGUAAUAAUUUCCCUCUUUUGUAGUCUGCACAAGAUCCAUAAAAGAUUGUAUUUUUAUUACUAUUUAAACAAGUGAUUAAAUUUAGUCUGCGCAGUGAGCAAGAGUUCACAUGCAUUCUUUUAUACUGCUGGAUUUUGUUGUGCAUCAUUUAAAACAUUUUGUAUGUUUCUUCUUAUCUGUAUACAGUAUGUUCCUGAAUGAUGUUCAUUUGUCAGGAGAACUGUGAGAAAUAAACUAUGUGGAUACUGUCUGUUUAUAUUGUAGAAUGCUUGUUGUGAGUUCCUUUGGUUAGAUUUUGGAUUUUUUUACUACUGUUAAAACUGAAUUAUUUUUUUAAAGAAUUUGCUUUACCUAUCUGUCCUUUAAAAAGAGGAAGGACUCUAUUACAGAAAAGAGGGUGGACUUGAGAAGCUCUGUAAAAAAUGGUAAUGUUUUCACUCAGCAUGUGUCGAAUCACCGCAUUAAACUAGGUUACAGAUGAACACAUACUGUAGUUAGAGAGAAAAGCAGUUGUGUUCAGAUAAGAAAACUAAACAGGUUGAAAUUUUUACUCAUUCUUUUUUGAUGAAAAUAAGCCCCCCAUGUAUUUAAUGUAAGUAGGUGGUUUUUGAGAAUCACUGUAUUCCCUAGAAAUAUUGUUGACUAUUGGAAAAGACAAUAUAAAUAUUGAUUAAGUAUUAUACAUAUGACCCAAUUUUGAGUCUCCCAUUUUUUCUAAUUUUAAAUUAAGAGAACAUUAUUUACCAGUCCUCUUUACCACAUUGUAGGGUACCGAAAUCACCCUGAAUACUUUUAAUUCAGAAAAGUAAUAUAAUUUUAAAUAUAGAAAUAUGAGAUUUUUAACAUAAUAUAUUAAAGAUUACUGAUCAUGUUGAUAAAAUAUAUUCUUAUCAGAAAGAAAAGGGAAUGGGCUUAAGCUUAACUUCUCACCCAGGGAUUAUUAGUUGGGGGAAGAAGAAGGGGAUUCAUUAGAAGUCCGGGCAUUUUGAUACUAAAUGUUAAGUGAAUAUGCCAGAAGACCCACCUUCAGCUUGCACCAAGACAGUAGCACUUGAUGCUAACUUCUGUAACUUCCACGUUUGUAUAAAAGCAAUACCAGUUAGUUUUGGAGAACCCUUCAGAUCCAUUCAAAAAUCCCACAAAGUGUGAAAUACGCUUUGGAAGAGGUUUGUGAAUGAUACAGUUAUGUAAACAGAACAGACAAAUCUACUUAAAUGUAUUUUUCAAGGGCAAAGAUUUUGAAAAUUUUGAGGAACAAAGGAUUAUUUUUUGCUUGAGCAAAGAUUUGUUUGUUUUGCAUUUUUUCUGCUCCAAGCAAAUAGUCCUUAUAGCUUUAAAAGGCCCUACAGGGUAGUAGUGGUAGGUAAUGUGUUGUUUUAAUUGGAGGACUACAGGAGGCCCCAGGGCUGUCAUCUGCUAGUAGGCCUUCCAUCUCCUACAAAGAAGUGUUAGCUGUGAAGAGACAACAGAGACCUACUUGUUAAAGCAUUGCUUGUUAAAUAGUAUUCAGUAGGUCAGAUAUAGUAUUUCCUGAAAUAAUGUGCUCAAGUUAUUUGAUAAGAACUGAAGGAACUUUUAAUGACAUCUAAAACUACAGCUUUAAGGUUUAGGCAGAGGAGGUUUUGAUUGGUGUGAUGUGCACUUAAUAAUAGCGAACGUUGAUAUAGUGCUCACUUUGUGCCAAGCAAGCAUGUAGUAACGGAUUUAAUUCUGACAACCUUAUGAGGCAAGUUCAUUUAUUCUGUUUUCAUAUGGGGAAAUCUAGCCAGAGACAUUACAUAACCUGCCCAAGGUCAUACAGUUAGCAGAUAGGUGUCGCUUGGAUUUUAACCUAGAUAGAUUGCCCCAGAGUCUGAGUCUGCCUAGUUCCCCUCUUUACCCUGGUGUCAGGUGUCAAGAAGGUGGUGGAGCUGGAGGGGGCAGGGGUUGACUUGCAUUCAUUCUUCCUGGUGCAGUGUAGUUGCUAGAGUACAAACCUGAGCACAGGCCUAGGUUUAUAGCACAGAAUGGAGAAGCAUAUCUGUGAAUGAAGGAGAAGCACUAAAACCGUCUACCGUGUUGACUUAGACAGACACGCAUGCAUAUAAUUUGCAUACCCUAAUAUAGCAGCAAACGUGACCAUGAGGCUUUAGGCAAAGUUGAGACUAAGGCUUGUGUCUCCUGCCUCAGGUAGAAUUUGUUCCUGUGCAUGUUGAUGCCUCUCACUUAACCUAAUAGUAUGCUUUGUUUUUGACCACAAUUUUCCGAGGUAUGAGGAACAUUAAAAAAAAAAAAAAGAAAUAGAGGAAGUAUUACAUCACAUGUACUAAGGAUAAAUGUUUUGUGAAAUGGCUUUUUUAGUCAUGCUAUAUAAACUAUUUUUCACUGUGGAUAACAAAGUUGGAAGGCUAUUGUUCUAGGUGCACUGUUUAGGAUUAGAAGUGUCCAGAUAACAAGCAAAUUCCUUCACAAGUUUACAGAGGCAUUGUCCCGUUUAGGCUGCAAAAUAUUUUGUUUUUAUUUCUUACCCAGAUGAAAAAUGUGCUUUUGUUUAGUUCUCACAAAAAAGAAACUAUUCCUCCCCGCCCCCACAGUUUUUAUAGCUUAUUAAGUGGAUUUUUGAGACUGGUGUCACAUUUAGCUCUAUGAGGACAGAGACCAUCCAUGUCUAUUACUAGGACCUAGUUCUUAGAUUCUCGGUAAAUAUUUUUUGGUAGUAUAACCAAUGUUUUGGAGAGUUAUGUUUUUUUCUCUAGGAAGGUAAAAGACACACCCCCACAUGCCUGAGCGUGUCUCUGGGACCCACAGAGGGUUUACCUCAGUAGAUCUACUUUACAGGGCUCUGUGAGGGCUGUAGAAUUGAGUCCUGUCUUAUCUGGAGGAUGUGGUUACCUUGGUGGCUGAGAUUUGGGUUCUCACUGGGAUCCUAGUUAGACCAUGCACCUUCAUUCUCCGCCAUGGUUUUAGGCUGAUGUGUAGUAGAAAGGGCAUUAGGGUGGAAAAUCGGGGUCCUAGUGCCAAUUGUGGGAGUGAGGCACUUAGUAAAUGUUGACCAAGAACCACCUUUUAUUGAACACUAGGAACUAGUUAAUAAUUUACAUGUAUUAUUAAGUUGUUUAAUUAUCUUAACACCUCUGUAAGGUUGCCUACUAUUAUCAUCUUCACUGUGUAGAUGAUAAAACUAAAGUUUUGAGGAUUAUAUGUUAGCUUUCAGUAAUUCUUCUGUGUGGGACUGAGCAUACAAAGCCUUGCUAUUGUGGAGUUUAUUAGUCUAAUUCAGAAGACCAACAAUAAAAAUUAGGUAGUUUUAGGCAGAGAUAAAUGCUAAUGAAGAAAAGUAAUGCUUAAAGAAAAAUGGAAGAAUGGGGACCGUUCUGUCAUUUUAGAAGGAAUAAUGAAAAAGCGCCUCAAUGACAAGGGUCAGUUUAAGCUGAGACUUGAAUGGAUUGGCCUUACAGAUACCUGUAGGAACAGGCAGGAGGCUGACAAGGGUCCUGACCAGUAAAGAGCUUGGCCUGCUGAGGCAGUAUUAAGUGGGCUCUUGUCGAUUUAGCCAAACGAGCAAGAGGAGAGUGGUGAUUGAUGGGGUGGGGAGGUACAGGGCCAGAUCGGGUGAGGCCUUGAAAGUAGACUCUUGUAAAGGAGUUUGGACUGUGUUCUGACGUCUUCUACAUACGUACACACAAGCUCUCCUACUAGGCAGAGACCUCUAAGAUCCCUUCCUGCUUUAAAAUCCUAUGACUUUAAAGUUGUGAUGUCAUUUCGAGCCAUUCAGAUCAACAAUGUGCUUUAGCAGUAGUAUAGAAGAUUGAUUUGCACCUCUAGAUACUGUCCAGGGGCAAAGCCAUUUACCCCUGCUUAUAUUUUUUCAAGAGGGCAGCCAACUACAGUUGGCUGCCCUGAUAUCUCAUUUCACUUAACCCAAGCUGUCAAAGCAGUGGUGAGCAUGGACUGUGUUUGCCAAUAUGUAGUAUGUGUUCAAAGAAUGUUAAUCCCUAUAAAGAGUCAAGUCAUCUUGUAUUUUCUGGUACAGCUGAUCAUUUUCAUCCUGUAACUGUCUUUCUAAUUUGCUCAAAUACUCCUUGUGCUCCCCUAUAAAGUGUGUGACAACUUGGGGUAGUAAUAAACUAUUUGACAGCUGUGUGAAUGGUAGGAACAUGUCCCCUUUUGUUGGUGGAGGCAUAAUUGUAACCAAAGAAAUUUAAUUUCUUCUUUAGCAAACACUGACAUUUCUGUUUACAAAUGACUGCUAGAAAAAAGGAAAUAACGAAAAUUACCAUGUGUCAUGAAUAUACUGAGCGUUCUCUCUGUAAUAGCUCAAAACUGAUCUAUGGCCAAAAUUAAAACCAUAUGAGCAUAUCGUAAAUCUCAAAUAUUACUGUGUUUGCUUCUAAUUCUGUUUGGAAUAAAGCUUCAAAUGCUUUCCGGAAUGAUGUGAGUUACAAAUAAAUAGAAAAAGAGUUA